UGUUGCGCGAGUUCCAGAAAAUAUCCGACGAGAGAAAAUCGAUUAACAAAAAGAUGAGUGAGCUCGAGGCUGGACUGGCACAGUUGGAGCAUUUAGCCAGCCAGGAGAGCCAGUCGGCCGUGGACCUGAAAAUCGCCGACAACAAAAGAAACGCAGCCUUGAGGGAAAAGCACAUAGCCAGUUUGACUGCCGAGCGUGAAAUGAAGAAAAAACAACUGGCCGAAGAGAAGAUCAAGAGUGGCAAACUGACGCAGGACUUUGCUGAUGUGGCUGAGGAGCGGGACGCUUUGGAAAAAACUCAGAAGGCCAAACUGAAGGAGCUGCAGGGUUUGAUGAACGAGUGUGCCGAAAAGAAGGCCGAGGGCGAGUCGACCAUCGAAAGGACAAUCGCGUACGAACGGGAGAUGAAACGGAAGAUCAGGGAGGCGCGGAAGGAGUCGGACAGGAUGAGCCAGUCGAUCCUGGCACGGAUGAACAACGCUCGCAAAAACUCGGUCUUCUUUCAGAACGAGCGCGCCGAGAAAGAACAAAAAGAGCGAGAGGAGCGAGAGAGACAGAAGGAGGAGAUGCGAGAAGAGCUGGAGGAGUUGAAAAGAACCAUCGAAGGGAUGAAGGAGUCCUUCAAAAAGGAAAACGAAGCCGCCGAGCGAUAUUACGCUAGAAUCGAGCGAGAAAAGGAUCUCUUUGGUAAGGACGCAAACAAGGACCACGAGUUCAAGAUCAACUUGGUCCAAGAGCGGAUCCAGCAGCUCAAUGUGAAAAGCAGCAGAGAACUGGCCGAGUUUGACGCAGAACUGAAGCAAACCACGGCGCAGAUUGAGCAGGAGAAGGCCAACCUGAAACUAGUUGCUGAAGUGGCAAAGGCGAGUGCCAAGAUGAAAUCCGACGCCGACCAGGAGCACAAAUUGAAGGAAACUCUUUGGGCCAUUGAGAGAGAAUUCACCGAGCAAAAGCAGAAGGUGGCUGAACUGGUCAGACAGGAAUAUGACCUCCAGAAGGAGCUGCACAAGUACGACAUCCUGCCCUCGGAAUUUGCUCCGGCCGCACCUGCAAGAAAAGAGUCAGCAAACGCUCCUGGCCCUAUUAGUCAAAAGCAGCAGGCACAGCCACUGAACUACUCCAUACAAACGCAGACUGCGAUUACCCAAGGAAAGUCACAGCAGCAGACCCAGAGCAGAAUACCAACGGCAUCACACUUGGCCCAAAGAAGCAUGCAAACCGCUAUUCCUGUGCCUCGUGAAUUCAAGCUUGACGACGAAGGUCAAAUGAAGUCUCUGCUUCGUCAGAAAACCGCCGAGGUGCAGCAGAGUUUGCAAAACUUCAGACGCGGUGUGCCACAAGAACAGCAGGUCGCCACAAUGACGGAGCUGAUGUCUCAGUCGCAUUUGAGUGUGGCAAGCAAACUCCACCUUGCCGCAAGUCAGAUGGAGGCUGAAAUGAGGCGAGACAAGAGCCGCAUCGCCAUUCUCAAGACGGAGGGCACCAAAGACCAGACCAAAAGACCUCUCGUCUUCCAAGGCAAGGCCAACCUGACACCUCGGCCUGGAUAAGAGCUCUGAGCGAAAUUAUAUAAAAUUUGGAAGACAAGAAUAUUGUACUUUUUUUCAUAACAUAGCAAUUCUUUAAUAUAAAUUAAUAUUCUCUGACCUGAUUGUGGUUGCCGUUUGGCCCUGGAAGAGCAACCAUAAAAUCGCAAUAGGGCCAGCGAUUGGUGAUUUCCAUGUUCGAGGGGUUGUACGUGGUGACACCGGUUGUGCCAAUGGAGAAAAUCCGC